AAAAGAAAGAGCAUACCCAAUCAUUAUAUACGUGCAUCUAGCUACAAUUGGAAAGUCAGCUACUCGAAAACAACAUCUUCAAACUCAACGUUGGAUUAUAUCGCUACAUUAUUGAUUCCAUCGGAUUCUCCCACCUCUCGAAUUCCAAAAGGUAUCUUCCGGUUCUUUCCUGUUCUUGAAUAAAGCUGAGGAUGGCCCCUGCAUCAUUUAACAAGUUUCCGCAGUUACCAGAUUCGCCUCGAGUUUUUUCUUCCAAUGCAUCAAUAAGUUCGACAAUGUAUUCGUUGUCGCCAAAAUACGGAGAUUCUUUUAUGGCAAACCAACAUCCUUACUCACAUCUAGAAGGCUAUGCCAAUGGGAACCAUGAUGUUUUGUGGAAUGAGAUUGAGAACUUUCUCGAUACUCCCCUAAAAGUCCCCAACCAGGACAGCCAGAUCAAGACAUCUAGAGAUCCGGUGGUGAUAGAAGACCGUGCUAGGAAAACUAAUUGGCAGGAAUGGGCCAACCAAUUGAUUAAACUUAAUGAUGGGACACUCGAUUCAGACUGGGGUGAUCUUCUCCUUCCUGGCAAUCUUCCCGAAUCUGAGCUAAACCAGCUGCAGCCUCGUCCGGUACCAAAUGUAAAUUAUUGUCCAGCAAUAGGCUCGAGCAAAGCACGAAUGCGUUGGACUCCAGAACUUCAUGAAGCUUUUGUGGAAGCGGUGAAUAAGCUCGGUGGUGGCGACAGAGCUACGCCAAAGGGUGUUUUGAAGAUCAUGAAUGUCAAAGGACUGACGAUAUAUAACGUGAAAAGCCAUUUACAGAAAUACAGAACUGCCAGAUAUAAGCCAGACUCACCAGAAGGAACUCCAGAAAAGAAGUUAAAAACUGCAAGCGACUUGAAAGCAACAAUGGGGAUAACUGAAGCUCUCCGACUGCAGAUGGAAGUACAGAAGCAGCUACACGAUCAACUUGAGAUUCAAAGAAAUCUGCAGAUACGUAUCGAAGAGCAAGGGAAGCGUCUCCAAGAAAUGUUCGAGCAGCAGAGAAAGCUGGAGGAAGUAAAAGGGAAAACCCCAUCCUUGAAGAUGGAUACACCUCGAACGCCAGCUAAAAAUUCACAGCCUUGCCUUGGCAACGACAAGCCAGAAUCAUCACAAAGCAGCUCUCGUGCUCCCUGCAAUCCUCCCCCGGGCACACUUGGAUCGCUUCAAGAGUCAUGACAUAUACUCCUCUGAAAAAUGAUGCUGAUUGGGGAAUCCCGAUUCUGAUGCCAUCUAGAAUGGCAUAAAAAUUUGUUUUUAAAUAACCAUAAUCUAUAUUUAUUUGUAGAUAUUUAGCCUUUCCCUGAUAUUCAUUGUAUUUUUAAUGACAGUAUCCUUCAUAAAGUGCUCAUGUGUUUUAACGAAA